AUGAGUGCCCACCUGGCCAUGCCGCCCUACCUGCCCUACCCCGGCCCGGUCAGGUACGGAGACUAUUACUGGCUCUCUGCAGGGAGCGCGGACAGCGUGUCCGCCGAGGAGCCUCCGGCGGCCGACGCCCUCCCCUUCCGCGCGGCGAAGACGCCCAGCCAGCCAGAUGCCUCUCCGGCUUCCUCCAUCUCUGGGACACUCAUCCAGUACACCCCUGACUCUGCCACUAGCCCCACCGCAGAGCGCACAUCUCCCCAUCCCUCUCUCCAGAAGGUCAAGGAGGAAGGCGAGGGUGUGGUGAAGAAGGGCAAGAACCGCACAGCCUUCUCCCAGGAACAACUGCAAACCCUGCACCAGCGGUUCCAGAGCCAGAAGUACCUCAGCCCCCAGCAGAUCCGGGAGCUGGCUGCUGCCCUGGGGCUCACCUACAAGCAGGUGAAAACAUGGUUUCAGAAUCAACGGAUGAAAUUUAAACGUUGCCAGAAGGAGAGACAGUGGGUGGAAAAAGGGAUGUAUCUAUCACAGAACGGGUUCCAUCAGGCUGCGUACCUGGAUAUAACCCCCACGUUUCACCAGGGCUUCCCUGUCAGUGCCAGCAGAAACCUUCAGGCCGUCACCAACAUGCACCAGGCUUACGGCAGCGGUCAGACUUAUGGGAAUGGGCAGAGCCUCUACUCGUUCAUGGCUGUGGAGGAUGAGGGGCUCUAUGGAAGAGGUGGGACAAGCUACAAUACCCAGCAAGCCAUGGGUUUAUUGAGCCAGCAGAUGAACUUCUAUCACGGCUACCCUGCCGAUAUGGAUUAUGUUGGCCUGGAGUCAGAAGACACCUACGUCUUCCAGAGCACCUCUGACAGUGUUGCACCCUUCUCGAGCUCUCCUUUACGGCAUCAGUACCAGGCCCCUUGGCAUCCCCUGGGGACCCAGAGUGGUUAUGAGUCUUAG